AUGCCCACUGAUGAUUCAGUACCACAGGAAGGCAUUUCAACUUUCUUUCUGAAUAAAUUGUCAAAUUCUCAGGGCCGUAACCCCACUAAUGCGAAGCAAAUAACUAUAGUUGAUGUUAAAAGUGAUACCGAUGAGCAAACCAAUGAGAAAGAUUCCCUAAUAAUGGUAAAUAAAGCUCAAUUCUCAGGAGAGAUGACGCAAGUCAAAAAGGUUACGAUCUGCGAAAAAGAGAAUCAGGAUACUAGCACAGAAUACACGAAUACGGUUUCGAGGCGAAAGACGAGGGGGAAAGGGCCUCAACAGCAAUUGCAGAACGCCAAUGUUGGUAAUAGUGAAAAUAUGGAUCUUAAUGAAAAACAAGAGAAGUCUUCCAGCGGAUCUAAAAGUCAUGAACUUAGGAAAGAACGAGAACUAAAGAAGAAGCGUGAGAAAGAAGAACGCGAGUUGAAGAAACAAAAGGAAAGGGAACAGAGGGAAUUGAAGAAGCAGCAGGAGAGGGAGGAACGUGAACUUAAGAAGCAGCGAGAGAAGGAAGAACGGGAGGCUAGGAAACAGCGGGAAAAGGAAGAACGCGAAUUGAGGAAACAGAAGGAGAAGCAGCAGAGAGAGGAGAGAAAACAGCAGGAAAAGGAAGAGGAAAGAAGGCGGAAAGAGGAAGAGAGGCUUAAGGCUGAGGAGGAAAGGCGUAAGGAGGAGGAAGCGAAGGAGCGCGCUCAGUCAAGGAUUGGUAAAUUCUUUAAGAAAGCAUCGGUGACAAAAUCUAUCGUAGAUUCUAAGAGCGACUACGAAAAGACCUUUUUACCCUUUUACGUAAAGAGGGACGUUAAGAUCAGCGAAACUGUCCAAUUGAACAAACAGGAUCUUUCCGAAAGGAUUAAAGCCAUUGAUAGUAUAAUAGAUAAUAAAGACCCCGGAUAUGUUACUUCAUGGUUCAAAUCGCAUGCUGACACUAGCUUCGGUCAUGACAUUGAGUACACUGCAGUAGAAGUUAUGCAGCAAAUGACUUCUAAAACCAAGACUGAGGAAGAGUUCCACAUAAUGCUUUCUCGUGUGCCUCAGAAGUUUAUUAAGUUCUACGAAAAUAUUAGACCCCCCUACAUUGGCACAUACUCCAAAAAGGUUAAACUACCUACAGAAGAUCCAUUUUCCACAGAUCAUACCGGUUUUAAUUAUGACUACGACUCAGAUCUGGAUUGGGUAGAUCAAGAUGGGGAAGUAGGUGAUGAAGUUGAAGAUCUUGAAAAUGAUGACGAUGAACAUGACGAUGAACACGACGAACAUGAUAUAGACGACGAAGAUGAAUUCGACGGAUUUCUAGACAAAGAUGACGACAGUAAUGAUUCAUUGAAGGCCAAAUUUCGCGGCCCGCUAAUUCCUACGGUACUUCUUUCAAAGGACUUUUCAACAUUUGAUGAAGCUGACCAACGUUACUUUAACUUGGUUUCAGUAGAAUACCUAAUAGAAGACCAGCCGUUUCCUAUAGAUCCCACCGUUAAGUCAACUAAAAGACCACGCUCAAAAGAAACAACAAGUAGUACAGUAACAGAAUCUAAAGAAGUUUCACCCAAAAAGGCAAAAAGCAUAAUAGCCCACCCUCAAGAUCUACUGAAGGUAUUCGAAAAUGUACACGAGUCUUCUUUUUCCCUUGGAACAGUAAGUGAAAUUAUCCAGAAGCAUAUACCGCAAUACAGUAAAGAAACUAUAAAAAAUACUGUUAAAUUGUAUGCUGAAAGAUCAAGCGGCAAGGGCAAUAGCGUCCGGAAAUGGACAAUUAAAGAUACUCAGAACUGGGACAGUCUGAAAAAUGAGGUAUGA